UGCCCGCCCCGCCACCUUUAGCCUUUACCAUUAGCUAACAAUGUUUGUGUCCCGUGGCGUGCUUAAGUCGUCGGUUCUCGUAUGAGAAACUCUUUUUUCCCUUUCCUCCCUCUUUAUUCUUCUUUAAUCUAAAAUACAAUAAUUGCUUCAAAAUGGCUUCUCAGGUCCCUCACGUUCCGCCUCGUGCUGCUACUGUCCUCUCGGCGACAGAGCUCAUCGGAAAUACUCCUCUCGUUAGACUUAACAAGAUCCCCCAGUCGCUGGGCAUCGAGUGCGAUGUCUACGUCAAGCCAGAGCUGUUCAGCGCUGGAGGCAGUGUUAAGGACAGAAUUGCUCUGCGCAUGAUUGAAGAGGCAGAGAAGAGCGGAAGAAUCAAGCCUGGCGACACUCUUAUCGAGCCUACCAGUGGAAACACUGGUAUCGGUCUUGCUCUCGUCGGAGCUAUCAAGGGCUACAAGACUAUCAUCACACUCCCUGAGAAGAUGUCCGCCGAAAAGGUCUCCGUCCUCCGUGCCCUCGGCGCAACCAUCAUCCGUACUCCUACACAAGCUGCUUGGGAUGCCCCCGAGUCUCACAUCGGUGUUGCCCGCCGUCUCGAGAAGGAGCUACCCAACGCCCAUAUUCUCGACCAGUACAGCAACGAGAACAACCCUCUCGCCCACGAGUACGGCACCGCUGAGGAGAUCUGGGAGCAGACCGCCGGCAAGAUCAACGCUAUUGUUGCCGGUGCUGGUACUGGUGGUACCAUCACUGGUCUCGCUCGUGGUCUGAAGAAGCAUAACAAGGACAUCAAGGUCAUUGCUGCGGAUCCUCACGGCAGUAUCCUUGCUCUGCCUGAGCUUCUGAACGAGGAGCAUGCCAAUGAGUCUUAUAAGGUGGAGGGUAUCGGAUAUGAUUUCAUUCCCGAUGUGCUUGAUCAGCAGAUCGUUGAUAAGUGGUACAAGACCGAUGACCGACAGUCUUUCCACCUUGCCCGACGACUUAUCGCCGAGGAGGGUAUUCUCGUUGGAGGUAGCUCUGGUUCCGCUAUGGCUGCCAUGAUCCUCGCCGUGAAGGAGUACAACUUUAAGAAGGGCGAUGUCGUAGUUGUUGUCCUGCCCGACAGCAUCCGAAGCUACCUCUCCAAGUUCGCUGAUGACGACUGGCUCGCCGCCAACGAUCUCCUCCCCGUCAACGGUGUCGAAUCCACCGUCAACGGCAACAGCCAAAAGAAGACUACCGACCCUUACGAGGGUGCCACCAUUGCCUCUCUGCGCCUCAAGCCCGUCACAUCCGUCGGUGCCAACUCCUCCUGCUCCGAGGCCAUCGAGACCAUGCGCGACAAGGGCUUCGACCAACUCCCCGUCCUCUCCGCCAACGGCCACAAGCUCGUCGGUCUCGUCACACUGGGUAAUCUCCUAAGCUACAUCUCCCGCGGCCGCGCCACCGCCCAGAGCCCCGUAUCAGACGUAAUGUUUGACUUUGCGCGCCUCGACGAGAUCGUCACUGAUCCUCGCGAAUUCGCUUCCCCCAUCAACCCCGGCAAGCGCAGGCAAUUCGUCGAGAUCACAAAGGAUACACCCCUUACCACACUUAGCAAGUUUUUUGAGUGGAACAGUGCAGCGGUCGUCACUGAGAAGACUGACGACUCCAAGUCUCUGUCCAAGCCUAUUGCUAUUGUUACAAAGGUUGAUCUCCUCACAUGGAUGAUCAACAAGAAGUUGUAGAUGGGAGAAAACCUCGCGAGAGGAGGGGGGAACGAGUACUCAUGUUUUCAACGACAUUCACGUCUGGCGUUCCAGGAUACCUUAUAGAAAAAGAUGGGAUUUUUGAUAGACUGAAUUUUGGGCGGUAGACUCAACAUCUACAUGGCAUUUGCGAUGGAAUCAGUUGCGUAAAUUAAAAAAUGUCAUUAAUAUAAUUGUGUCAUCCCA